UCCCUGUCGUUGCCCGUCUUCUGACACACUCGUCAUCCUCACACAUCCUCAUACUUGGCAUCGGAGGGCGACGCUUCGCUUCACCGCCUAGGAAAGCGGGAUUCGUUCACCGUCUGUCGCCAUGGCUGCGAUCGCUCCAUCCGCGUCGCUCCCGUCGCAUCUCUUUUCGCUCAAAUCCAGCCCAACGGGAUCGCUUCGUCGGGCUGCGAAACCCCUCCCGCCAGUCGAAAAGUUGUCGCAGGUCUCGCAACAACCGAGGCGACGUCGCCCGGCAUUCGCGAGAGUCGCAGCGCCGGAACCCGAACCACCCAGAUCUCGAUCCGUCGCUCAAAACUCCGCGCCGUCGAGCAACACCUCCGCAGCAACCCCACCUCCGUCUCCGUCUCCGUCUGCGUCUACGUCUCCGCCGCUGCGCGAGCCGCCGGUGGAGAAGCGGCUGUUCGAGCACGUGAUCGAGGCGCAGCAGUUCAGCCGCGACCUGCUCUCGGAGAUCUUCGAGGUCGCAGACGAGAUGCAGCACAUCCUCGAGGGGCGCGGCGGCGCGGGGUGCUCCGACAUGCUGCGCGGGUACCUCAUGGCCACGCUCUUCUACGAGCCGUCCACGCGCACGCGGCUGUCGUUCGAGUCCGCCAUGAAGCGGCUGGGUGGCGAGGUGCUGACGACGGAGAACGCGCGCGAGUUCUCGUCCGCUGCUAAGGGCGAGAGCCUGGCAGAUUCCAUCCGCACGGUGCAGGCGUACGCUGACGUCAUCGUGCUGCGACACUACGAGGAAGGCGCGGCGAAGCUGGCGUCUGAAGUGGCGUCGGUGCCCAUUGUGAACGCGGGGGACGGGCCGGGGCAGCACCCCACGCAGUCACUGUUGGACAUGUACACCAUUCAGCGCGAGAUCGGGCGACUGGACAACAUCCGCGUGGGGCUGGUGGGCGACCUGGCGAACGGCAGGACAGCGCGGUCGCUGGCGUACCUGCUCUCCAAGUUCAGCAACAACAAGAUCAUUUUUGUGGCGCCUGAGGUCGUCAGAAUGAAGGACGACAUCAAGGACUACCUGACCUCUCGCGGCGUGGAGUGGGAGGAGUCGUCGGACCUGAUGGACGUGGCAGUGCAGUGCGACGUCAUCUACCAGACGCGCAUCCAGAGGGAGCGGUUCGGUGGGCGCAUGGAGGACUACGAGGCGGCACGCGGCAAGUACAUCGUGGACCGCCGCGUGAUGGACGCACUCGGGAAGGAUGCCAUCGUCAUGCACCCGCUGCCCCGGCUCGACGAGAUCACCACUGAUGUGGACUCGGACCCUCGUGCUUCUUACUUCCGCCAAGCCAGGAACGGCGUGUACAUUCGAAUGGCGCUGUUGAAGUUGUUGUUGAUUGGUCGUUAGCAGGAAGGCAUGGGUCUAAAGGGUUUGAUGGGGCUUUCCACGUGAGUGUUUUGUUCAAAUGAAAGGAUUAGGUGGUGUUCAUUGUACAACGUUAUGCUAAGAGUUCGGGUAUAGCGCGGACUCUUCUGAGGGGGGUCUGACUUUCGCCUUGUCGAAAAGCCGAUGAGAAUGUGAGCAAGUCUGCGAUAUCGAUUGGAUAGUCCGAGAUUCGAAUCGACAAG